GAGAAGAACGAGGAAAAACUGGAGGAAACUGAGAAGAACGAGGAAAAACUGGAGGAAACUGAGAAGAAAGAGGAGAAACUGGAGGAAAGUGAGAAGAAAGAGGAAAAACUGGAGGAAAGUGAGAAGAAGGAGGAAAGAAUGGAGGAAACUGAGAAGGAGGAGGAAAGAAAAGAGGACAGUAUGGUCAAGUUGAAGCCAUUUCAUACCUUAAACAAAGUUGAGCAGAACAGUGUGAAAGUUGAAUUCACAGAACAACAAACUGUAGCCAGAGGGGAAAAAGAGGUAGAAGUCCAGGAGAAAGUGAAGGAUCAGGAGGCAGAAAAGGUUAAAGAAGCACAACAUGCCUACAAAGCAAAAGAGGCAGAGAAACCAGCAGAAAAGAUAGAUCUAAAAAAUGACACUGAAAAUGUAAAGGAGAAGGAAAUGAAGAAAGUGGAAUUAAUUCAUCAGGAAACAAAAGAAGAGGACAAAAAGCUUAAAGAAGAGGACAAGACAGAGAAGGUUGGAGACAUUGAGAAAAUACACAAGAUAGAGGACAAAGAUAAUAAGAUAGAAAUAAUUGAAAAUGUGGAGCCCAAAGUGGAAGAAACUAAAGCUGGAAAUGUUGAGGAGGUAGACCAAAAUGAGAAGUUUAACCUGGAAGAAACAAAAGUAGAAACCAAAAUAUCAGAGGAAGGAGAGAAGGUUGUUAAGAUCAACGAAAACGAGAAGAAACAGAAAACAGAGGUGGAGGCUGGUGAUAAGCAUCACGUUGACAAUGUGGAAACAAAAUUACAGCCUUCAUUAGUCAAGAAUGAUGCCAUUCAUGACAAAAUGGAAAAGAAGCCUGAUGUAGAGAAACAGGCAAAAACUGAGGUGAAGGAUACAGAAAAAGUAAAGGUUGCCACAAACCAAGCCAAAGCUAUGGUGAAGGCAAAUGAGGUCGGUGGGCCACCUAAGAGACCUGUGAGCAAAGGAGCACUGAAGGUUAAACAGGAGAAGCAGGACAAAAUGCCUAUAGAGAAGAAAGAUGACAAGAAAAAAAUAGAAGUAAAAGCAAAUGUAGAAAGAGCCAAAAUACCUGCAAGACCUGCAGCCAGAAGCAGCAUAACAGCAAGCAAAGAGCCCAUAGGUGCAGACAAGAAGACAAAGCCUACAACAGGGGCGCCCAGACCAGGCAGCAUUACCAAAAGCCGGCCAAACACUACAGCUGUCGGUGGUUCUGCUACAGCCACCACUAAAUGUCCCGCACCCUUAGUGGCCACCAGCACCAAAGACAAAAAGCCAACACCCAGAGUACCAUUAACAGCAACUACUGCUGGGCUUAGUAGAAAGCUCCCUCCCACCUCCACCAGUCGUCCAUCAUCCCAGCCCUCCACAACUACACAUGCUGUUAAAGCCAAGACAGUCCCAGAGAAGAACCCCUUGAUGCCAAAAGCCAGCAGUGUAACUACAAGUCAAACCAUCAAAAAUGGCUCUGCUAACAGAGCAGCAACUCACACUGCUUCAUCGAUGCGCACAACUUCAUCUACUGUCGCAACUUCCAACGCUGCAAUCAAAAGGCCUCUAGGCACUAGAACAGACAGCAAGCCAGAAGAAAGGAAGCAGGUCAGCACUCUUAAGACUUCAACAGCUUACUCUAGCAGACCCAAGCCAGCGACUACCGCCACACGCAACACGACUUCUGCUGCCUCAAGCAUUCGAACCACAGCAGCCAAAUCAGUUUCCACUGAGAAGAAGCUCUUGGUGCCCCACAAUCCACGACCCACUGCAUCAGCCACAUCUACCACAACAACCACCGCCUCAAAGCCCACAGGUCGACCCAGCACAGCCCCGGCCUCCAGUAACUCCAAUGUCCGCUCUAAGAUUGGCUCUACAAGCAACACAAAGCAGCCAGUUGGAGCGAAGGUGCAAACACUAAGCAAGAAGGUGGAUGUGAGUAAGGUGACGUCAAAGUGUGGCUCCAAGAACGGCAUCAAGGACAAGCCUGCAGGUGGAGGCGUGGUGAAGACUGAGUCCCACAAAAUGAACCUUAAGGAAAAGACUCAACUCAAAGUGGCCUUUGAAGACAACGUGAGCCAUCCUGCCAGUGGAGAGGACAUGAAGACUGGGGAGACUCAAAAAACAACAGAGGAGAGCAGGAUUCUUUCCAGUGGCAACCCAGUCCCUGACCUUGAUCCCAAUCCAACCCAGGCUGAAAGCCCAGCUGCACAGGAAAAUGGGAUGAGUAAAGGGGUUCCCACUGAGAGCGAGGGACUUCUGGAGCACCAACCUUUGGAUUCACACAUUCUAGAGACAAGCAUCUAACUCUGCUGUCCUUCUGCCCUCUUCAUUUCAACUCCCACCCCCACUCCAUGUCAUCGCCUACCCCUAUUUUUUUUGUGUACACAAUGUUCUUCUUCCUACCUCACCUUUGCUCCUUGUCCUCUUCCCUUAACCUCUGCUGCAGAUUGAGUCUUUCAAGCUUAACUUCAGCGAGAAUGCUAGCUCUCACACUGACAACGCGGAUAUCGCCAUGUUGCCAGCCCAGUCCCAGGAAACCAGGAUCCACGUGGUACCUUAUACUCUUUACAACAUCUUCGCCAACUGUCGCCUCACAGUGGCUUCCUUGUUGAGGCUUCAGUUUUGCCCCACUGCAGCAGCUCCUCCUCUGCUUCUCACUUGCUUCAAAAUCAGGUGGAAGUCCAAGGGACGGCAUCAGAUUUGUUAAGCAACCUCAGCGUUUUUAGCCCCCGUCAAAGCCCCUUUUUUUCUGAAUCUUAAAAAAAUAUAAUAAUGCAACUGUUUUUAUUUUUUACAUGAUCAUGCAUCAUGGACUUUAUCAUUGCAACUUUUCUAUGUUUAUUCUGCCUGAAGUGUUUAAAGUAGUGUCUCACUGGGCUGUGAUUAGUUAGAGAAAGAUGUUUGUGAGGAAGUCUUCAAAACAGUUAAAGACAUGUGCAGGGGUUCUUGGUUUUUUGAGUUGCAGUCUUGUUGCUUGAAUUCUGGACAUGUUCAAAAUACUGUGUGAGAAAUCUUUCAAAAAAGGUAUUCACGAGUGUGCCAAACCAGUCUCCAAAUCUAUUUCAAGAGUCCAAGUUUUUGAUAUCUGUAUGGAAACUGUCCUCUGAUAGAAAAUAUGUCCAGGUCUAAAAUGCCCAGUCAAGAUGAAAAAUAGGCCAAAUAAAAGUUAAAUAAUUCCUCUUGGCAGGUUUUUCUUCGUUGGAAAAAAAGCAAUUCAUCUCUCCUCCAAGAGACUUCUUCAGUCUGAGGAGAUACAGGUAAACUAUGAGCAGUGCCUCCACAUGGUGGACAAACAAGUUUAACAAUGACAAUCAAAACUGUUUGUUCACAUGCAAAGGAGUAUGAAGAUGAUUAAUAGGCAUUUCUUAAAAAUGGCCCAAAUCUGCCUUUCUUCAUUUCUACACUAUACUCCAGUAGAAUAAAUCAAUAUGGAAGUGGUAAAACACCCACCAAUUUUAAAAAGCCACACAUUCUUGUUGGUCAUUUGGUCGCGAACACGUACAACAUGGUUUUCCUUUAAUUUGCCUACUGGUUGCAGCCCAGUGAGAUACUACCUUUAGACCAGUGGUGUCCAAUUUUGGUCCUCAAAGGGGACUAUCCUGCAUUUAGAUGUUUCUCUGCUUAGAUACACCUGAUUUGAAUGAAUAUGUGAUUACCAGGCUUCUGCUGAACUUGCAGACCUGCUAAAGAGCAGGAAAACAACUAAAGCAGGAAACCGUGAACGUCUAGGACCAGGAUUGCAUACCACUGCUUUAGACCAUGCUUGGCCUUGAGUGGUAAUCUAUAUGAAGAGAAAUUGAGGAAAUUUAAGCUUUCUCACAUCCUCUCGCUUUUCAUUUGCUUAGAAUCCAUGGCUUUAACCUAAACAAUGUAGCUAAAGCCAGGUGAAGCAUUUCUGUCCCCUCAAAAUGACAUCUGUCACUUGAUUUAUCCACUGAGCAAAUCUUAUGGAUUUGUGUUGUAGCUGUGUACUCUGCUUUUGUGACAGUAAUUGUUUUUUUCAUGUCAUUGUUUUUUUUAUUAUUAUCAUUUAAUAUAUGCAAACUGACAAAAAAUUGUGACAACUAGAAGGAUAUUUGAAUAAUUUUAGAUUGUUUUUUAUUUUGUUUUUGAUUGUGUUUGAGUGGAAAAAAAAUGUAAAAGUUAGUCUUUGUGUUCUGUUUUGGAUUCUUUAUUUCUGCGUUUUAUUUUGGUAAUUGAACUGGUUUAGAUAUGUUCAAUAAAUUAUCCCUCCUAAAACAAACAACACAACAGAUCUCCCCCAAUUACACAAUCUUGGUACUCACAAGACAUUUAAACAUGCACAUCUAUUUAUUCAAAAACCAGGAUAAACGUUGAAACAAAGAGAACCCACACCCCCACUCCACUCGGUAUAAGCAGGAAAGGGUUGCUAGAUGUGUUCAAGUAUAAUCUGAGCAAAUUUAAGCUGAGUCAUGGUAAAGUAGGUGGAGACGUGAUGGGACUUGAAAGGUUGUGAGGUGGAAGAAAACAAAAUCGAAGUUGAGAAGUUGUCUAGAGGGAGAUGAGAAUGUGGUUGUUAGAUGGCUAUUAAACAGAAAAGGCUGUGCUGACUCAUAUUUAAAAAUAUAUCAUAAAAUAUAACUAAAACAUUUAAAAUUUAGAGAAUAGUUGACUAAGCUGAUGCAAAUGCUCUGAGCAUCCUGGUAUUUAAAGGAAUGCUAAGUUGACCUGAUUAUUGUAUGUUACCAUGAUUGUUGUCCCAUUUUAAAUGUUUCAGAAAGUUAUGGAAGUAUAUAUACAGCUCUGGAAUACAUUUAAGAGACUUCUUCUAAAUGUUUUUAAACCACCAUCUCUACAUGUAUUACAGCAUUUCUGUUCUAGUGUCUAUUGAAUUUCAGUACAACUACAACUCAUUCUACUUAAUGUGGUGCUGAUUAGGAGAUCGCCUUAACCACCAACGAAAAGAAAUAAAAACCAUCCUAUGGUUAAGAGUAAUGUCUUGCAAUAGCACCAGUUGGAUGGCAAAACAGUGCUGGUAGUAACUUAUAAGUAAUUGGAAUUUAAAAAAAACUAUUGGCUGUGCCUAAAGUGUUGGAAAGAGAAGUCUUAAGUGGGGAAAUCUCCAGAUCUGAAGCCCAUUGAAACCAAUGUGAUAAACAGGAUGAUAAAUGGUCAAAAGCCACCAAAAGUACCUCAGAAAAUUCUAUUUUUUGCGUCAGGAGUUGCAAAAUGUUGCCCAAUAUCAAUAAAAUCGUUUUUUUUUUUUUUACCAAUACUUGAUUUCUGAUUUCUUCCUAAGUUCAAACUUCAGUCUUGUGUCUAAAAUGAAGUUAACCUUAUUUUCUUUGUAUUUGUGAUCUGAGAACACUGCACCUUUUCUGUUCUGACCAUUUGUCAAGUUCUGAGAAUAAAGGCUCUAAAUGAUAAGAUUUUUAUUUAAAAUGUGGAAGAAAUAUCAGUAGGUUAUAAAAUAAAACAAAUAUGUUUGUGUUAUACAAACACAUUUGGAGUAGUAAAAUCAGAAAACCUGCAGUGGUCUCUUACUGUGUUCCACAUCUGUAUACCAAGUUAUGUGUUUAAUACUCCUGAGUAUUAGCAGUGGGACUAUUUUCAGUUAUCUCAUUUCAUCCUGUUGCCUUUAUAAUGUUUGUGUGGACAAUAUACCUAUGUAAAACCACUCCCCAAACUGAAUGUGCAUUAAGGUUAUGGUUCAUAAAUUUAUGGUUACUGUAGGUGUUUUACUGCAUUGAUUUUUUUAAUGGAAAUCAAAAGUUAAUAUAAUUGAAUCCCACUUUUCCCAAACAUUUUAAACCAUGAUUACAUGCCUUAGACAUGAUUGUUUUAUUGUUUGUUUGUUAGUUUUUUUUAUAUAAUAUCCUAGUAAUUUAUCAAUGAUAAAACUGUCAACUGAUUUUGGGGUCUUGUUAACAUAUUUUUCAACAAUUCUAAUACUUUGCUGUGUAAGUGCUGCUAUGUUGAGCAAUGAUGAGGAUGCUAUUCUAAUAUUGGGAGUAUUCAUUUUUAACAUGUAAUUUGAUAACAUUUUAUAUGUCAGACAAUAAACAAGCAUCAGUUUUUAUUUAAGGCCUUCACAUUUGUCUAGAUAAGUUGAACUCUUCACUCUGUGAUCCCUCCAGAGAAAUUUCAUCAUAAAGAGACUUCAUGAAUAAAGUGAUUUUUUUUCUCUGCAAUAAUGAUUAAGUAAGGUCAUGCACAAGAUCCAGAUGCAGAUAAAUGUGCUGGUCUCCUUGCAGCUCAUCGAAAUGUGGCUUCAAUGCUCUUGAAAGCUUAUUUAGUCAAAAACAAUUGUUUAAUGUAUAUCUGCAUGAAUGUGUUCUGUGAUGAGUAAACUAAACAUUGUGAAAUGAAAUGAUUUGUUAUUUUA